CUUCGUAACAACACUGGUGACGUCAUGUCAUGUCAGCUGCGAGGCGAGUGCAGUAGUCGGGUAUCAUGGUUGAUCCUCCAGAGUUAAGAUGAAGCCCGCCGGGCCACUUCUGCUGCUCCUGCACUUGCUCGCUGUUGUUCAGCUGACCCGGGCCAGGGUCAAGACCUCUCUCCUGGAUCUGACCAACAGCAUCGGGAGCAUCCUGCCCAGCCUCAGCCGACCUGCCAACCACAGCCACAUCUUCUACGCAGUGAUGUUUGAUGCGGGGAGCACAGGGACACGCAUCCAUGUCUACACCUUCAUCCAUAGCGGGUCAGAGGAGCUGCCUGUUCUGGACAAUGAGAUGUUCCAUUCCAUAAAGCCUGGUUUGUCCGCGUAUGCUGGCUCCCCAGAGAUGGCCGGCCACACCGUGAGGAUGUUGCUGAAGGUGGCUAAGAAGACCGUGCCUCGCCUGGAGUGGAAGAGAACCCCGCUGUUUCUCAGAGCCACGGCUGGACUGCGGCUGCUGUCCUCAGAGAAAGCCCGGCUGCUUUUGGAGCAGGUUCAACAUGUGUUUGAUGAAUCUCCGUUUUUGGUCCCAGACGACAGCGUCAGCAUAAUGAACGGCACAAAUGAAGGAAUCCUGGCUUGGAUAUCUGUGAACUAUCUGACAGGUCACCUGAAUGCACAAAGCGAGAAGACAGUGGGAAUCUUGGAUCUGGGCGGAGGAUCUACGCAGAUCACUUUCCUGCCAAAGCUGAGGAAAACCAUUGAAAGUGUUCCUGUCGCUGAUUACGUUGCCAAAUAUGACAUCUCCAACUCCACAUUUGAAUUGUACACUUACAGUUACCUUGGAAAUGGACUGAUGGCAGCGAGACUGGCCACGCUGGGGGCUUUGGGGGCAGGAGGUAUGCUGGACAUGAGGAGAGAGGUUGCUCUGUUGCCAUUAGCUGUGUGGGUCGGUGUUGUUCAUUGGCCGGAGUGGCGGGUUUUUAAAAGUUCCUGCCUGCCAAAGAAGUUCAGGGACGAAUGGAGCUUUGGAGGGCUGACAUAUCGAGUGAGCGGGGACCCAGAUGGUCCUGCAGGAUACAAGCUUUGUUAUCAGGAAGUACUUAAGGUAGUGAAGGGGAUUAUUCACCAGCCGUAUGAGCUCCAAGACAGCAAUGUAUUCUAUGCAUUCUCCUAUUACUUUGACCGAGCGGUGGAUGCAGGCCUUAUCGAUGGGGUCCAUGGAGGGACGCUGGAGGUCAGAGACUUCAGGAAGAGGGCUAAAGAGGUUUGCAAUAAGAUGACCAAGCACCCUCCCAUCAGUUCUUUCCUGUGCAUGGACAUGACCUACAUCACUUGUCUGCUCAAGGAUGGAUUCGGCUUCAAGGAGAGCACCGUGCUGCAGUUGACCAAGAAAGUAAACAACGUGGAGGCCAGCUGGGCUUUAGGCGCCACGUUGGAUCACCUCCACAACCUGAAGAUCCUCUGAGGAGAAGGCAGGAGACGGCUGAUCUGUAGGUGGUGUUGCUCGGUAACAAACACCACCUAAUCAGACGUCUGCAGUCUGUUUAACAAACGGCAGAGCUAACUCAUGAGUAAUUCUUUAUUUAUUUGUAAAAAAAAAAAAGCACUCAAGUGUUAAUAUAUUGUAAAUGAGCAAUGUGUUGUCUCGGAGAACAAGUGGAGGUCGACGCUUGAGUGAGAGAUGUUGCCAAUAACCGUUAAUGCAGCUUUGGGCAUUACCGGAAACACAAUUUGCUUGAGAUGGAUGUUUUUCUCGGGCUGAUAAACAGGGGGGAGGGGGGAUCUGUCUUGUAAGGGUUUGCAAGAGCAAUGUUUACAUGCAGCAACACGACAUACUGUGCUUUAGUAGAUUUGUGUUCUGUAGUGAUCGUGGGUAUUGCGUGUGGAACAUUUACAGCCAUGGGACUCAUUUUCCAUCAUCGCUGCACUGCAGACUGUUUACAUGUUGUACAAUGCAUGGUCAUUAUAUUUUUCAUAAACUUUUAAACCCG